AACGGAGUAUGGGCAGCCAAAAAAAACCUCUCUCGGUGUGCUUAAAAUAAAAAUGCGACAAUUUGUACACACAGUGCUGUCGAAUUCAUCACAGCAGUGUGGUGUCGGGCGAUGCGUGUUUUGAACAAUAAACAAAUUUCUAAAACGCUAAUUAAAUUUGUUUUUCUUAUCUGUGAUUCGUGUCCCGGAUCUUCAACAAACAAUACCCGUGGUCGGCGUGUAACCAUAAUUUUUUUUAUACGGUGUCGAUAUCACAAUACACAUCCAUACUCGGAUCGGUUUCCGAUCACAAUUGCUAUAGAAUUUGGUGCGACAAUAAUAAUAUAGAAAGCCUUAGAGCGCGUGUAGCGUGCACACUACACGCUCGAUUCGACUAGGUACCGGAAAUCGGAUACAAAAUUGUUCUAGCUCUGAGGUGCGCAGAGCUGGUUAACGUCGUCGUCCGUUAAAUAAAAACUAUCCGCAAGGCUUCUCGCAAUGGCGCCGUUCAAAAUUAACAAAAAGCUGAUAUUAAUGAAAGCGUGUUUUUUCAUUUUUGAUUCUGGAACGGCGCCAAUCAAUACUUUUUUGCCAACAAUAGCCAAAGAACGUGGCAUGCCCGUGUUUGUUGUUGGCUUGAUUCUAACGUUCGUUCCCAUCCUGAACGUACUGGUAAGACCGUUCGCCGGGUUCACAACCGACCGAUGGCGCUGUCGCAGGGCAGUGUUUUUAGGUGCCAGUCUGGCCAAUGUCUUUCUGACGCCAGCUUUGCACAUCAUCCCGAGCUUGACUGACCAACAGAAGGCGGACGGCGUGGACGUGUGGACCACAUAUGGCUUUUGGCUGUUUCUGUUGGUCAUCACGCUGAGAAUGACCUUGUGGAUGAUCGGAGACGUCCUCCAAGACACCAUUUGUAUGGGAAUCCUAGGCAAAGACACGGCAAAGUACGGUGGCCAGCGGAUAUUCGGAGCCGUGGGAUGGGGUAUUAGUUCCGCGUUUGUCGGAUGGUGCGUGGACUUGUACAGCAAAGGACAACCGGUAAAAGACUAUCUGCCCGCCUACAUCUUUUCAAUGGUACUCUCUAUUAUCCAUUUUGUCGUCGCCUCCAGACUAGACACUAGUCAAAACGCCUCUACUAAAAAUGACAAGUCGGUUGGCAAAGUUUUAAAGGACGUCAAGGUGGCGUUUUUCCUUGUGUGGGCUACCAUAGCCGGCGUGUUUACAGCCUUCGUUUGGUACUAUUUGUUUAUACACAUUGAACAUUUGACUGAGUUUUACCAUCCGGAACGUAAACCUUGGAUUAAAACCAUCGAAGGAUUUUCGUUUACAGUUCAAUGUUGUAUAGGCGAAUUACCUAUUUACGUUAUGUCAGAUAUCAUACUGAAAAAAAUUGGUCACAUGACAGCCUUUUCAGUGUCCUUCGUCAUGUUUUCUAUACGAUUUUUCUUGUAUUCAAUCAUUAAAGAUCCGGUCUGGAUCUUGCCAGUAGAACUGAUCAACGGUGUAUCAUUUGCGAUGGCCUUUUUGUCUGGCAUCUCGUACGCUGCCAAAGUAGCGCCAGCAGGAAGCGAAGGGACUUUGCAAGGGUUAUUCGGUAUGGCGUUCCAAGGAUUAGGAAUAUCAUUGGGUUGCUUCGUAGCCGGUUACACAUUCGAUACAAUGGGAAGUUCCAAGUCUUUCCAAUUGAUGAGUUACGUGGCGUUUAUUGCGUUUGCUAUACAAGUGGUUGUUAACCGAUUAGUUCAAAGUAGAAAAACAAAUAACGCAAGGCAGAAACAAAUAGAAAGCAACGAAAUCGAUCUUUGUCAAAAAGAACUUUUAUAAAAAAAAUUUGUUUGAACCGUGUUAUAAAAAAAAAAAACACAAAAUAGUUUUAUAUCUACUCUAUGUGUACUUAUAUGAUUCAAAUUAUUAGUAUAUAUUUUUUUAAUUAUUGAAAGACCAAAUUUGUUUUUUAUCAAAAUAAAAAUGUGUAAGUUCAUAUAGAUAUAAGUAAUUUAAAUGUAUUCUUUAAUUAUUAUUAAGUCGAUAGAAAGGAGUUCUAGACAUUUAAAUAAUUGUUGUGAUAUCUUUCAUUUUACCUACUGUAAUGUU